AGGCUCCAUGGACAGCACCUUCUACCGGGCGCUGCUAGAGGAGGAGGACAUGGACGACCUGGUGGACGCCGAGGAGUACCUGGUGCCUCACCACGGCUUCUUCAGCGCCGACACCUCCACCACCUACCGCAGCCGCAUCUCCUCCAUGCGGAGCACGGCGGAGUCUCCGGCCAAGGUGGAGGAAGGCGAGGGCUUGUCCUCCUUCCCCUUCCCUGCCCAGGGCCUGGUGGAGGGGCCGGAGAGCCCUGUGCCCGAGGUGCCAGAGGGGGAUGGGGGGGUCAAGGCGGCCCUGCAGAGCCCCCCGGGGCGGGAGCCCGGCCCCCUGCCCCGGUACAGCGAGGAUCCCACCGGGCUGGUGGCCGAGGACAGCGAGGACCCCGAGGGCUUCACUGCCGUGGCCCCCCACAGCACCAUGCCAGAGUACGUGAACCAGGCCGGGGAGCGUCCCCCCCGCGCGCCCCCGUCCCCACCGGACAAACCCAAGGGGCACCAGGGCAAGAACGGGCUCAUCAAGGACCCCAAGCUCCCGUUCCCGGGGCCCUUCAGCCACGCCGUGGAGAACCCCGAGUACCUGGCACCGCCCCCCGGGCCCUUCAGCCAGGCCUUCGACAACCCCUACUACUGGAACCAGGACCCCCCCAAGGGCGGGGGGCCCGAGGGCGGCCCCGGUGUGACACCCACGGCCGAGAACCCCGAGUACCUGGGCCUGGCCGGGCCCGACGCCGCCGCUGUGUGAGACCCCCCCCCAACUUCGCCGAGGCAGCUCAGGGAGGGACGAGCCACGGCCACGGGGCUGGGCACUGUCCCCUCUGCCCCCCAGGGGUGGCCGCGGCCACGCAGGGCUGGGAGAGCCCAGGACGCUGAGGGACAGCAAGGUGUGGGGACAGAGGGGUCCCCCGCGGUGACCCCCACGCCGGGGGUUGCCCGGAUGGUGCCCCAGGGAAGGACAGACUGGCACCGUCACCCCACCCACUGCAGGGCUGUCCCCGUGUCCGUGCCACCGCCGGGGACACACGGACUUGCACUGAGAGCAGCUGGACGCCGGGCGUGUCCCGGCUCCCCCGGGAUCCUUUGGAAGCCCCGGGAUGUAUAUUUGAGGAUUGUACAUUGGUUGUUUUUUUCUA